CUCGCCAUGAACCCUGGGGCUUGGUUUUGGUUCUCUGCAAUGCUGCAUGUUUAAUUUUUAAUCGGUUUCUAGCCUUGGAGCACCUUGUUGGCCAUCGGAAUAACUGCAAUAUGUCCAGCUGGGUGGCAUUGAACAUCGAGCCCGAUGAGGCUGUGGAAGAGGAGGUUGAUGACACGAAGGAAAUCCAGAUCGAGGAAGCACUCAAGUUAUAUCAGAAUGCCCUGAAGUUUCAUUCUCAGGGAUCGCAGUUCUAUCCGCAAACUGCAGAGGCGUAUGAUGCGCUUUUGAAUUCGGACAUCUUCAAAUAUCCCGAGUCCUUCUCCGACUAUAAGAGGACUACACUGCAGGAGUCUGAACCAGAACCUCAACCAACUGAUUUACUGGAAUAUUUUGCAACAACAGAUUCAGCGGAGGAUAUCGGGGAGUCAGAUAUUAACGAUUCUACGUCGAGCACUUUAUUGCAAACUAUCUAUCUGUCUUAUAAGAAUCAUGGUCAAUUUCUCUUGGAUUCUUUACAGUCUUUCCUGCAAAGUGUGUCCGAGUCACCCGAUGCUGCUCACAAAACCGCCGCACAAAGGCUAGAACGUUCACGCGCUGCCCUUACAUCCUUUGCUGAGGCCCUAGAACGUGAUGACACGGAUCUCAACCUCUGGCGACAGAGCGCUCGACUUAGCAGUGCAUUGCAGAGCUAUCGGUUGGCCCGAUACUGUUUGGAAAGUGUUCUCGCUGAUGAUGAGAACCGUCUCGAGGUGCGGACUGAGCAACUAGGCUUGGAAGAGACCAUUGCAGAAGAGCGUCUUCGCAACACGCUGCAAUCGCUGAAUGACAGGCUAGCGGUGGCCCAGAUCCCUGUGAAAAGGCCGAAGAAGGCUCUGAUCAAAUUUCUCCAGCGACAAGCCGAUCCUUAUCCGUAUCUUCCGACUUUACCUGAGAAUGUUGAGGAUGCGGAUUCGUCUAAGAACCCACUUCCACUAAAGGCGACUCGCCAUGUUCUGAAGCCCAGCAGCGCAACCUGGGAUGCAGUUGGAAAAGAAAUCCUUCAGACACUUCUGGAUGAGGAAAAGCAUGCACUGAACAUUGGCCCUGGUGCAUCUGUCGAUGUUCAGUUGCCGGCCACUAGCCCAGAGCCGCAGGACACGACGCCCGAGGAGACGCAGCAUGCCGACGAAUCACCGAAGAUGCAAGACGAGCAAGUUCAGUCUAUCGAACAACAAGAUAUCGUUAUGGAGGACAACCAGCCAUCGACCAGUAAUACUCAGGAAAACGAACAAAACGAUACGGCCACUGAACCGACUGAAGGUCAGACGACGUCAGCAGACCAGCAGAACGAGGAACCGUCAGCCGAACCGCAAGAUGAUCAGGCGGUUCAACAUCCUGAAGACUCUAAUCAAGAUCAACCGGCAGCGGACGAACCAGAUCCCAAGUCAGCUAAUGGUUAUCGAAAGAGAUCAUCCGCGUCAGCGGCAAAUGACGAACAAGCCGAGAACUUGAGGGCGAAAAGUAGAAGGACCCGUGCUCGAGAGUCGAACAUUGAUCCUUCUCAGGCUGACGACAUUGCGUUCGACCAGUCGAAAUACUACGAGGACCGUUUGGAGAUGUACAUAUAUGCUGACCAAUGGUUGUUUGAGACGACAGACUCCUUCCUGUCCAAAGCUGUCGCUGAAACCCUAGGGAACUUGGACUACAUGAGGAAGCGAAUGUCUCUCGUUGGCGAUGCAAAUGGUCUGGUGGAUUCAGCAGGAGGCUUUGAAUUUUUACUAGCGCAGGAUCUUGGAGGCAUCAUCAAUAACUGGGAUGACAAGAAGGCCAAGGCAUUUUCCGAGAAUGACAACUUUUCCAAUCUGCACGACAUACAGAGUAUGAGCAAGUCUGGGCUCGCCAUCUUCCUCGAGCACUCGAAGAAGUCGGCCCGGAAGUCGGGAAUGAACGAAGUCCUUUCUGGCGGCGAGAAAUUACCCGAGUGCCUCAAAUCAAUCAACGAGGGAUGGAGUCGUCUUGGUGAAGUGGCCUUUGACUGGCUCAAAGGUCUUCUCAUGCCAGAAUACGGAGAGUACUCAGGUGGUGUCUCCAAAGAAUGGAAUUCAUCCGCCAUGGAAUCGACAUAUACCUCACUUCAGUGGCCCGAGACCUUGAAGGACACAGUCGUGCAGAUCUUACAACGUGAAGACGAAUACAUCUACAAUAGGCUUUCGGGACAAGUUGCCAAUCUCGAGCAUCGAGUCCUUAAUCAGAGCCCCGAUGCUCCAUUCGAAUAUGACUUGGAGCAUCGUUCGGAACUGGAGAUGAUUCAAGCUAUCUUCGAGCUUCAUCUCGAUAUCUACGCCCAAAUCAACAAUCCUAACAGUGAAGUUGACCAAGCAACAAGGCUUCUGCAGUGGGAUCGUUUAUCCAGGUGGAGCAUGCUGGCUCAAAAUGCAUUGAGUUAUUUCGUGGAUCAUCCGACUUCUGGAAAAAGCGAAAACGAGGUCCUUCUUCGUCAUUUAUGGGCAACGACGUUUCAUUCUAAUAUGGCUCCGGAUAUCCAACGAGAACACAUCCUACUUUGCCUCCAGGAUCUCAAACAUAUUCUUGAUCGACUUGGAAACCCAGACAUUACCUUAGUCAAUAAUGCUGUGAUGCCGGAAUUAUCAUCAGAAGCGAUUGAUCGAGAAGUCUCGAAACUGAAAUCCAUGGGUUUCUUCAUGAAGAUCUUUAAUCCCGAAUCGGAAGAUCCGGUGGACAUCAUCGAAACGAUUGAGCCACUCCUCGAGCCCUCUUCUAUCGAAUGUUCCCAGAACGGGGUGUCAGAAUCAGAUGACAAUCCAGCAUCAGAUUUUCACGAAAUGGGUUCUUUCCUGGAUCGAGGAGACGCUACCCUGCGACUAUUCUUAUGGCGGAGGCUCCAGGAGGCGUACAAAGCAAUCGACUAUCCACCAAAGGUUAUUUCUUGCUAUCUCAGAGGCAUCGAAACAAUUGUCAAGGAGCUCUGCAGCUCGGCGUAUGCUGAGGAGCCAAGCGAGCACCGUCAACAUACGCUUCUUCGCUGGCUCAAGUCGCUUGAUAGCAUUCUGAGCAAACUUGUCACCCAGGCUUUGCAAGAACAAAAGGCCUUUGAGUGUAUCGACAUGGAUCAUUUACGGUCUUCGAUAUCUGCACUAGUUCGGCUAUUGAAGAUCCUGCAUAGUUUUACGCUCUAUGAAGACUCCGUUCGCGUUGGUCAGACUUCAGCUCCCGAACUCCGCAGCUCGUUGGCAAAAUCGCUUGAAGGAUUCAGGGACCGCCUUCGUGAAAUGGAAGUCCGCUGCUGGAUAUUGCAGUAUACUUUCUUCAAGGAAGUCAUUUCCCAGAAUAAGGAGCUCUUCGAUACACCAGAAGCAGACCGCAUUGAGUAUCUACGCGCUGUACAUUAUGCACUUGGACUUCGCAAGAUGUGCAGGCGCUCCGGCAAGGAAUUCCUCAGGCUAAUGAAAUCAGAACUGCACGAUAUAAAGGUCAACGAGGACCUCGAUCUCGAGAUCUGUCAAGUCUUCUACGAUCUUCAUGGUUAUCGGUUGAUCAAUCACGACCUUAUCGUGGAUCACGGUUGUCCCACGGAAAGGAUUGACCGCGCCACAGCCAUCAUGAUGAUCGACUUUGUCCUGAGACAGGCGAUGAAGGUGAAUAUCAAGGACUUUGCGAAAUCGGACUUGAAGUCCACAAUCGAUAAGAUGCAGCAGGCCAUUGGUUCAGCCAAGUCUUCGCCUCCGUUGGCGUACAACAAGCGGAUAUUCUCCUCCUACUUGAAGUCCGCAAUCAACCCCGUGGAACUUUACCGUGCUGCUCGAGGGGUCGAGGAUGUACCGCUUAUUCCCGUGACAACUGAGAGUGCUAUCAUCGCCCAAAAAGGAUGGUACUUCCUUCUGGGAUACUCUGCUCUGACCAAAUUCCGAUCUCAGAAGCGGCUGGCACCAUCUGGGACAAGUGAACUCGACGACGCGAUUGGCUUCUUUAGACAGGAUAUCGAGAAUAAAUCGGGAAGAUGGGAGACCUGGUAUCGACUUGCGCAAACCUACGACUCGAAAUUGGAAGAAGACAUCACCUGGUCCGCAGAAAAGAUCAACAACAACCGCAAUGAACUGGCAACUUUACAAAGAAACGCCAUCCAUUGCUACUCCAUGGCUCUCGCAACAGCAAGUAGGGAAGCAGAGCCGACGCCAGAAACCCGGACAACAUUGUCUGAGCUGUACACUGAUUUUGCCAUCCGCAUGUACUCUUCUUCUCGGGAACCGCUCUCGAUGGGUCCCUUUAGUCUCUCCGACUAUCCUCGCCAUUACAGCAACGAGGAGAACCAGCAGAUGUACAAGGGCGAGCCUUUCAGGGAGAUGAAGCCCUAUUCUGCUUGGAACUUUACGAGUUAUCUUUUGAAGCGGGCGAUUGUCGACAAGCCCAAGAACUGGGUGAAUCACUACGUGUUGGCCAAAUGCCUGUGGAAGAUGUACCGCAGCGAUGACUCGAUGAGGGGCAACUUCAAGCGUGUUAGCCUUGAUGAUGUUCUGGACUCUCUGCUUGAUUCUAUCGACACUCUUCCUCAGCGCAAGGAUUCGCGCUCAGAGCCUAUCUUCGAACCCCAUUACAAGCUCGUGUCCAUUAUACACAAACUCGUGCACGGGGAUGUCCUAACGCCCGCUGAGGGAAGUAAAACGCUCCUCGCAACACCUUGGGCUCGGAAGGUCAAGGCCCCAGAACACAAGGCAGGAUGGCAAUCGUACAUAUUGGAAGUGCUCCGAAACCUGAAGCACGCAGACAAAUCCAACUGGCAUCACCGGAUGGCGAUGAGGGCCGCACGCAUCGUCUACGACGACCAAGAAGAUGCCUCCGCAGCAGCAGUAGCCGCAAAGAACGAACUCACUCAACAAAUCUUCACAAAAACAAUGGCCAUCCAAGUCUGGCGUCCCGAGAACGAACGUCCCGGUCGACACUUUGUCUACACUACACGUUAUGUCUACUUCUUCGUCCACCUCCUCGACCAACUCGACGACAGAGCGGGUCUUGAUCAACUCCUCCGCCGAGUCCGAAAGAGGCAAGGCGACUUCAUCAACCACCCCAAGCUCUGGGAGGAUAUCUGCCUCACAUACGGACGGAUCAUUCGUCGGGCCGGUAAAAUCAACGAAGGCCAUGAAGAGGGCAUAUUCAAGCCGAUUGGAUGGGACGAAUUCGUCGCGAACACGGGUCGUCUGGAAAACCUGCCUGAGCUAGUCGCACCCGAAAGUGCAUCUCUCCUCGAACUCCUCCGUGACUCCAUCGAGUUAAAGAAACUCAACAACAACCUCAUGAAAGUCUCCCUCCUCGAAGACCUCAUCGCAGACCUCUACUCACGCCUCUACGAACUCAACCUUCCCCACGUAAUCGAGCAAGCCAGCGAAGAGAACAAAGAGAAAAUGAAAGUCGAUCACCUCAUGAACCUGGACGGCGUUGCAGAUGCCCCUCCUGUCCCUGGCGCUGGUGGCCCUACCCCUAACCCUCCAGGCACAACCGCAACCGCAACCACAACCUCAGCCCCCGGCCCGGCACAGCCAACGACAUCCACGGAAGCACCCACCUCCGUUCCCCGCGGCCGCACAAAGGGCAUAGCAAGAAGAGACGUCCAAAAACGCGCCGAAGCAAUCGUAGCCAGCAAACUCACCACGCGUCCUCCCACAAAGCCCACCACUACCGGCGCAACCACAACAACCGAAAUAGAACCACAAAACGCAACCGGAACAGCUACGACUUCCACCGUGUCAACAAAAGCACCAAAGACAGAACCAGGGACAAAGGACAAGGAACCCCGCGAAAGCGGCGACGAAAGUGAACUCUCCGAAAUCGACGAGGACAAAACGACUAAACCUGAUGCUGAGUGUCAGCGGAGUAGGGUCUUUCCGAAUCGUAAGACGUCGUCUCCGCAGGAACCUGGUUCAGAGAUGUCUAUUCCUGAUGGUUAUGGGGAUGGUGAGGGUGAUGGGGGCGAAACGGCCAAUGAAGGUGAAGGCGAGGGUGAGGGUGAUACGAUGAUCGAAGAAAGCUUCAUAAGCGCUGCUCCCGGUGAUGAAACAGAGGUCGUUGACGAAGAGGAAGAAGGCGAUGAAGGUGAUGAGGAAGGUGGUGAUGUAGCAGAUGGUGAGGACGGGGAUGACGAGGGUGAAGGUUAUAAUGAUAAUGAAGGCGAGGGGGAAACGGAUAUUCUCAAGGAUACUGAAGAGGGUGCUGAGGGUGAGGGUGAGGGUGAGGGUGAAGGUGAGGGUGAGCAGGAGCAGGAGCAGGAGCAGGAGCAGGCUACUGGUGAUGAUCCAGAUGCGAUGGAAACUUGACUGGCUGCAGCUGCGGUCUGGUGAAGCCAAUGUCUUAACUUGCUUAUUUCUUUUGUUUUUUGUGGCUUUUGGCGAUUGUAUAUUGUUUCCACUACAUCUCACGGUCGAUGUUUUCCGUUUAUCAGGGUAACAGGCGUUAUGGUACGGAUAGACAGAACAUCCCGAAAAUCUUGUACGACUAGGCAGGAUAAUAUAAACUUACUGAUAAUGAGAUAUAACUACG